AUGGUGGGAAUCAAACUCAUGUGCGCUUAUGUUGUGGUAGCUAUAGCAAUAUGGAUGGUGCUUGAACCAACUCUCGCAGCAUCAGAUUUAACCUUCGACAUCGAAGGUGCUACAGCAGAUACCUACUCACAAUUGUUGACCGAUGUGCGUAACAAAGUGAAGGAUGAUAAAUUUGUAUAUGGCGGCCGCAAAGAUAUACCAGUAAUGGCUGCACCUUCAGCAGCAAAAAAGUAUCUUUUUGUCGAUUUUACGGCAUCAGAGGGAAGGACAAUCACAAUUGCUGUGAAUUUAAGUAAAUAUUUUAAUUUAUAUGUGAUUGCUUAUCUUGACAAAACUAAUGGAAACUUUAGAUCACAUAUUUUUAAGGAUCUUCCCAACGAUGUUAAAACGAAAUCUCUUUCCAGAGGCAAAAGGUAA